AUGCACCCACAAGUGGAACAAAAGCUGGCGACUCGCGACUCCACCGUCUCCUUACGGAGAGUCAUGUCCACGUCAGUUUGGAUGAACUACGAAACCGGACUGUUAAGCGAGGAAGAAUGUUUCGCACAGUUAGCCAAGGAGUAUCACUUUCAGGCAUAUGACCUGGCGAUGAUGAUCCAGAAUCUCCGUGAGACUAUCAUCUGGGACCAGACUGCUGCUUCUAUCUUCAAAGAAAUCAAGCGGACGGGGGCCCGUAUUUUCCUGGUGUCCAAUAUAUCCAAAGAAGAUUACGCCGCACUCCGAAACCGGUGGGACGAUGAAUUCUGGUCCAUAUUUGACGGCGUUUUCACCUCGUCAGCUCUAGGCGUCCGAAAGCCAAGUUUGCGCUUCUAUCGCCAUGUCCUACGAGCCACGCGGGCACUACCUCAUCAGACCUUCUUUGUGGAUGACAGAGCUGAGAAUGUUCUCGCGGCGCUCUCCGUUGGAAUGAGAGGAACAUAUAAUAUCUCAGAGCUCUACCGGACACUCACCAACUUUGUCGGCGAUCCCGUAGCACGAGGACUUGCAUUCUUGCGAAUCCAGAAUGGACAUUUUCCGACAAUCACCCAGCAUAACGAAACAAUCCAUGAAAACUACGCUCUGCUCCUGAUCCUAGAAGCGUUGAAAGACCCAAGCCUUGUGAACCUUAAAGCCCCGCCUCGACUCUGGAACUUCUUUAGUGGCGAGCCAAAAUACACAAGUGAUACCUACCCCGACGACUUAGACACGACGUCCCUCGGCCUGCUAACAAUGCCCCCCGACGCUGCCAUAGUCCACUCCAUCCUAGACGAAAUGCACGACUACGUCGACGAAGAUGGCAGCGUGCAGGCAUAUUUCGACAAAUCAAGACCACGAGUAGAUGCGGUCAUAUCCCUUAACGUAUUGACUCUGUUUCACAGAUACGGGCGCGGCCACGAGCUCCCUGACACAAUGGAGUGGAUCUACAGCAUACUGCUUAAUAGGGCAUAUAUAAAUGGGACACGCUACUAUCCCAAUGCUGAGUGGUUCCUCUACUAUCUGACGCGCCUUCUUCGCGUGUCAAAUGAUCUCACCCUCAAGGAGAGGAUCGAAUCUCCUCUCCGAAAACGUGUGGCCGAGAGGGUCGGGGUGGCUGGCGAUGCAUACUGCCUUGGCAUGCGAGUAUUGGCAUGCAAUUACCUCGGGAUUGAUAAUCAUCCUGAUCGCCAGAAACUCGCCGAUAUGCAGCAGGAAGACGGCGGCUGGGAGGCCUCCUGCAUGUAUUUAUUUCCCGGUGCCAAACUAGAGUUUGGAAAUAGAGGGGCUAGCACAGCGUUUGCUGUGAAGGCCCUUGAGGACUGGCCAAAAUAA